AUUUGAGCUUAGUGAGUGCUGCAACAAACAAUUGUUCUCUGAUUUGAAAUCACUUCUCUUCUCUUUCUAAAUCAUGGAUGCUGCUGCUGUUGGUGGAGCUUUUCUCUCUGCUUUCCUUCAAGUUCUUCUCGACAGGCUUGCUUCUCCUCAGCUUGUUAACUUCAUCUAUGGAAACAAGGUUGACGCCAAUUUGAUCCAAAGGUUGAAGAACACUCUUUAUGCUGUUGAAGCUGUUCUGAAUGAUGCUGAGCUGAAACAGAUCAAAGACUCUGCUGUUAACAACUGGCUUGAUGAUCUCAAAGAUGCUCUCUAUAUUGCUGAUGACAUUCUCGAUCACAUUUCCACCAAAGCUGCUACUACUCAUAAGAACAAAGAGGUGAGUACUACUGCUUCUAGCUACUUGUCUCGCUUUUUCAACUUUGAAGAAAGGGAUAUGGUUCGUAAGUUGGAAGAUAUAGUUGCUAGGCUUGAAUCCAUUCUCAAACACAAAGAUAUUAUUGGUCUUCAACAUAUUGCAACUCACCACCAUUCUUCUUGGAGAACUCCAUCAACCUCUCUAGAUCAUGGAUCUAACAUAUUUGGUAGAAAUCAAGACAUAGAGGACAUACUCAACUUACUGUUACAUGAUGGUGAUGAUGUUGAUAGUGAUAAAAUUUCUGUGAUCCCCAUAGUUGGCAUGGGGGGUGUGGGAAAAACCACUUUAGCCCAAUCUGUGUACAACCAUCAAAGUAUAAAGCAGAAAUUCGAUGUUCAAGCAUGGGUUUGUGUUUCUGAUGCUUUUGAUGUUUUGAAGGUUACAAAGGCCACUGCAGAGGAGGUUAAAAGUGCUUCUAACACAAAUAAUUUGAAUAUUCUUCAGCAAGAUUUGAAGGAUAAGUUGACCGGAAAAAAGUUCUUAAUUGUUCUGGAUGAUGUCUGGACCGAAGAUUAUGACAAUUGGAAUUCUCUUAUAAAGCCUCUUCGGUGCGGUGCUAAAGGAAGUAAAAUUCUUGUAACAACCCGUAAUGAAAAGGUUGUUUCUAUGGUCCAAACUUUUCAAGGUCACUACUCUCUUAAGCAAUUGUCUGAUGAGGAUUGUUGGUAUGUGUUUGCAAAACAUGCUUGCCUUUCUCAAGAAAAAUCCACUGAGAAUAUGGAUCUCGAAAAAAUUGGGAAAGAGAUUGUUAGAAAAUGUAAGGGAUUGCCUAUAGCAGCACAAUCACUUGGAGGUUUGUUGCGAAGGAAACGUGACAUCAGGGAUUGGAAUAAUAUACUCAAUAGUAAUAUUUGGGAAAUUGAUGAAAAUGCGAGUAAGAUCAUUUCAGCACUAAGAAUUAGUUAUCAUUAUCUCCCUUCCUAUUUGAAACGCUGCUUUGUUUAUUGCUCCUUGUAUCCUAAGGAUUAUAAAUUUGAUAAAGACGAUUUGAUCUUGUUGUGGAUGGCAGAAGAUCUUUUACAGCCUCCAGAAAAUGGAAAGACUUUGGAAGAAGUUGGUUAUGAGUAUUUUAAUGACUUAGCUUCAAGAUCUUUUUUUCAACGUUUUGGAAGUGGAAACCGCUCACAGCAUUUUGUGAUGCAUGAUCUGGUGCAUGAUUUAGCAACAUUGAUUGGGGCAAAAUUCUACCUUAGAACAGAAGAACUUGGCAAAGAAACGAAGAUUGAUAACAAGACUCGUCAUUUAUCAUUUAACAAUUUAAGUGAACCAGUGGCGGAUAACUUUGAGAUUUUUGACCGAGCAAAACAUCUUAGGACCGUUUUGACAAUCAGUUUUAGAGGUACUUCAUUCAACCAUGAAAAGGAACUAUGCAUCAUUUUGUUGAAUUUGAAGUGCUUGAGAGUUUUGUCAUUUAAAUUUUUUUGGGAUCUUAAUGCAUUGCCUGACUCGAUAGGUGAGCUGAUUAAUUUGCGUUAUGUGGAUCUCUCUUUCAAAGCUAUGAAGACACUACCGGAGUCAUUGUGUAAUCUGUAUAAUCUACAAACCUUGAAGUUGUACAAUUGUUAUCAACUAAUCAAACUUCCCAAUGGCAUGCAAAAGCUUGUGAAUUUGCGCUAUCUUGAUAUCCGCUAUACUCCAAUGUUAGAAGAUAUGCCUAGUGAAAUGGGCAAAUUAAACCAUUUGCAACAUUUGAGUUGCUUUGUUGUGGGCAAGCAUAAAGAGAAUGGGAUAAAGGAACUGGGACCACUGUCAAAUCUUCACGGAUCACUUUCCAUUAGUAAAUUAGAGAAUGUUAGCAACAACAUUGAAGCAUCACAAGCGAAUAUAAUGGAUAAGAAGUACCUUGAAGAAUUAUCUUUUGAAUGGUCUGAUAAUGCAAAAGACCAAUUUACAAAUUCACAAAGUGAGAUGGAUAUACUAGACAAGUUACAUCCUGCCAAGAACCUAAAAAAGGUGUCUAUAUGGGGAUAUAGAGGCACGAGAUUUCCAGAAUGGAUUGGAGAUCCUUCCUACCAAAAUUUGACUAAGUUGUCUCUAUCUGAUUGUCAUAAUUGUUGUAUUCUUCCACCACUUGGACAAUUACGCUCUCUCAAGGACUUGAGCAUCAAGAUAAUGAGUAUGUUGCAGACUAUUGGAUCUGAAUACGGUGAUUCCUUUUCUGGGAUUCUCUUUCCCACCCUUGAACGUCUUGAAUUUGAUGACAUGCCAUGUUGGGAAGUGUGGCAUCAUCCCCAUGACUCAAAUGCUUAUUUUCCUGUACUCAAGUCUCUUGUGAUUCGUGGUUGUCCCUUAUUGAGGGGAGAUUUGCCAUCUCAUCUUCCUGCUUUGGAAACAAUUCAGAUUGAACAAUGCGACAAAUUUGCUUUUUCUCUCCCACGGGCUCUUGCCAUCCGCAAAUUAGUGAUACGUGAAAACAAUAAAGUAGUGUUGCGAGAGCUACCUCUUUCAUUGGAAGAGAUCGAAAUUCAUGGAAGAGAGGCAACGGAGUCCUUCUUUGAAGUCAUUGCCAUCACCCUACCGAUUUCCCUGAAAAUUGUAAGCAUCGAGAAUUGUUCGUCUGCGAUAUCGUUUCCUGGAGAUUGGUUACCCGCAUCCUUAAAGAGUUUGUCCAUCACAGAUUGUAGAAAUCUAGAUUUCCCAAAGCAAAAGCAGCAGCACGAGUCACUUCAAUGGUUGGAUAUAGAUAGUAGUUGUGGUUCUCUGACAACCCUCCCAUUGGAGACCUUUCCCAACCUCAGUGGUCUCCACAUCUGCCAGUGUGAAAAUCUAGAAUGUGUUUCUGCUCCAAAGACUCUUCAAAAUCUUAACGAAUUUGCCAUUUCUAACUGCCCCAAAUUUGCUUCAUUUCCAAGAGAAGGAUUGUCUCCACCCAAAUUGACAUCAUUGUUAGUCGAAAAAUGUGUUAAUUUAAAGUCAUUGCCUUGUCACGCAAAUACUCUUCUCCCGAAUUUAGAAUCGGUGAGUAUACGAGAUUGCCCAGAAAUGGAGACGUUUUGUGAAGGUGGUAUGCCGCCUAGCUUGAGAAGACUUGAGAUAUAUAAAUGCGAGAAGUUAGUGAGGUGCCCAUCUCUAAGUUUGAUGGACAUGCUCACCGAUCUUACAAUUGAUAAUGUAUGUGAUGGUGUGGAGUCCUUCCCCAAUAAGGAUUGUGCGUUGCUGCCUCCCUCCCUUACCUCUCUAUCGCUAAGCAAUAUGCCAAGUUUGCACACGUUGGACUGCACGGAGCUUCUCCACCUCACGUCCCUCCAAGAAUUAACAAUUGAAGAUUGUUACAUGCUGGAGAAUAUGGCGGGAGAAAGGCUGCCUGCUACUCUAACAAUACUUCAAAUCUUUAAAUGUCCACUGCUGGAAGAACGGUGCCGCAUGAAACAUCCGCAAAUUUGGCCCAAAAUUUCCCACAUCCAAGGCAUUUUGGUUGACCACAAAUGGAUUUAGUAAGCUUCAACUGGGAUUUUCAAUCGGUGUGCUUAAACAAAAAAGACCAUGUCAUAAAAUUUAUUGAAGAGAAUUUCAAAAUCAAUUCUUUGGAGAGAUCAAUCUUAGUUUGUGGAGAUUGUAACUGGAGAGACAGCACCUCAGCCCUGUUAUUUGCGUGCUUCAUGUUCUGUUUCCAGAAGUUAUUCAAGAAUCUGUGUGAUAAACAAGUUUUCUUUAUGAUAUAUGUGGAAGUGGAAGUAUAUAAUAGUAUAUUAAGUUUUCUUAAGGUGUUGUGAACUUUACUAAAUAUUAUUGUUAUGAUUUGUUUAUUUUAGGAUUUGUAAUAGAAAAUACAGAUAAGGAGAUGUUAUUUUUUGUUUAUUA